CAGCAAAGUAGGCUGGGAGACAAAGUCUGCAUCUGGAGAAGGUCCAACGAACAGCAGAGAAUAAGGUGAGGAAAAAACACCCUCUUCCUUUUCUGGCAAAUUAAACUCUGUCCAGGAGAGCCAACUUGCUGUAGUGGGUAAAGGCAUGGGGUUAGAAACGGGGAGUUCUAGUCCUGACUUAGGCACAAAAACUAGCCGGGUGACCCUAAGCCAGUCACUCCCUCUCAGCCCUAGGAAGAAGACAGUGGCAAACCACUUCUGAAGAAUGUUGGCAAGAAAAUGCACGGACUUGAACAUGUAGUCACCAGAAGUCAUGACUGACUUGAAGCUAAGAAAAAUAACCCGCCUCUAUCCAGACAGUGAUUGCUACCCGAUUGGACCUACUCCAACAGUGUAGGAGCCUUCCUUCAUGCCUCAGCCCCAAUCUCCCCUUAGAAGUUGGUGCUCUCUCACUCAACCCUCUUCCUGAGAGCCUCCUCCAGAAAGAAGACGACGCUUGAGCCCUCCGGGCUGAGUGAGUGGCUUCAUAAGGAGCAAUCAAUGGAUCCCACAAAACCACAUGGAUUUUUCCUCGCCAGCUUCCUUGUCCUCGUGCUCUUGGGGGAUCUCACAGAGGCCUGCUCCUGCAAACCAGCAAAUCUCCGGGCAGCAUGCUGCCGUUCUCCAGUUGUGAUGAGGGCCAAAUUUAUGAGCAUCAGCAGGGACUCUGACCUUGAUCCAUAUCUGCGACAAAACAUCUAUAGGAUUAUACCCACCAAGGUAUACAAGGGGCCAAAGAAACUAAUACUUCAAGAGUCUCUCUAUACCCCAUCCUCAGAUGCUUACUGUGGAUAUAAACAUCGAGGCCCUCUCAAAGGAGAAGAAUACGUAUUUUCAGGGUCCAGUUUUGAGAAUCGUGUCAGUAUCUUACGGUGCAGCUUUGCAAAACCAUGGAAUCAACUAACUUCUGCAGAGAAAAAAAUCCUGAACCAUGGUGGUGAUGAGAUCUGCAGUUGCUAUUUGGAUGGCCUUCGCUGUCAAUAG